AUGGGAGGAGCGGCCUCCACUGCCAGCGGCUCUCCGGGGCCCAUCCUGCAAGGCAAGGCCUUGCUGGUAGCCUGCAAGACAAGCAACUGCUACGUGUCAGGAUCGGAGUGGGCAGGAAGCGGCUGCGAAGCUCACCUUGCUGAAGCUCUUCUUCACAAAUUGGGCUUCCUGAAACACAAAAUCUUAAUGGUUGCCAACAAUCCAAAGAGCGGAAAGAAGGUUCUCACAAAGAACAUGCUGAUGUCAGGACUGGCAUGGCUGAUCGAUGGUGUCAAGAGUGGAGAUCACCUGGUGUUCUACUUUUCCAAUUCUUCCAAUUUUACACAGGCAGACCUGUGCAGUGCUGUCAAGGAAGUCCUUAUAGAAAACAUCCCUGUGGGGGCGACACUGCAUGUUAUUGGGGAUGGGGCGCACUCACGGAACCUCAUGCAACUUCCCCACGCAUGGCAUUGGACGAAUGCCAAGAAGGGGAAAGCAUGGAAGGGUCUCCAAAACUUGUCUUCUAAGAUGCUGAAUGGGAUGCAGAAGGGCAGUGUCAGGAGUCCCAUCAUUCAGUUCACACCCAUCAGCGAGGUGGAUGAAAACAGUGAGAAGUUGCCACUGGAUGACGAGGACCACCGCACCCUCUUCCUUCCAGGAGCCCUCACCUUGUGCCUGCUGUACGCUGUGGAAACGGCUGGCCUCAAGCUGGACUACGGGGAUAUGGUCGACCUCAUGGUGGAGGGAGCCAGAAAGCUGCAGGAAGGCCUGGACGACGUAUUGAUGCAUGUUUCAGAGAGCCGCUCCUCCUUUUCGCCCAUGCGCCACCACUCCAUCCUUGUUGGCGAGCUCGUGGUUCAGUUUGCUGCAAAUGCGGACUCGGAUAUUGUGAUGACUGUGGCCUAUCGGGGGGUGAGCUUCCGAGAUAUCAUGCUGAUCCCGCGCAGGUUGAUCGUGGAUGGGACCUGGCAUGCGGGGUUCACUGCACCUAGCGUGUCGGCGAACAUCCACAUCAGCGCUGCCAGAAGGGUCUUCAGUUGA